UCGUUCCAUGUUUCCUGUGCAGACUCACAGCAUGGCUAAGCGUGUGGCUGUGAUUGGAGCAGGCAGCUCUGGACUGACCUCCAUCAAAUGCUGCUUGGAUGAAGGGCUGGAGCCUGUGUGUUUUGAGAGCAGUGAUGAUAUUGGAGGACUCUGGAAGUUUAAGGAACAACCAGAGGCAGACCGUUGCAGCAUUUAUCGUUCUGUCAUAGUGAACACCUCUAAAGAGAUGAUGUGCUAUAGUGAUUUCCCUAUGCCGGAUCAUUUCCCCAACUUCGUGAACAACUCUACGAUAAUGCAGUACUUCAGACUCUACGCUGAGCACUUCAGCCUGCUCAAACACAUUCACUUUCAGACCACAGUUCGUAGUGUGAGACAAAGACCUGAUUUCUCUAACUCUGGUCAGUGGGAAGUGGUGACCGUGGACAGAGAUGGACGAGAGGAGACACAUGUGUUUGAUGGUGUGCUAGUGUGUGCAGGACACUUCACACAGCCCAUCAAACCCCUCUCAGACUUCCCAGGUAUUGACACAUUCCCAGGGACAAUAAUUCACAGUUGGGAAUAUAAGGACCCUGAUCCUUACCUUGGGAAGAGAGUUGUUGUCGUUGGGAUUGGAAAUUCUGGUGGAGACAUUGCCGUGGAUCUCAGCAGAGCGUGUGAGAAGACAUUCCUGAGUACCCGGAAAGGUGCUUGGGUCAUAGGUCGCGUGGUUGAUAGAGGGCUUCCUCUUGAUAUGAUAAUGAUGACGCGAGCUCGAGAUCUGUUUUACUGGCUCCUGCCUCGAGCUCUGCUCAACUUGAUUUGGGAGAGAAGCCUCAAUCAGAGACAUGACCACAAGCUGUAUGGACUACAGCCUGUGCACAGGAUCCUCGACCAGCGUGUUGUUAUAAACGAUGACCUCCCUGGUCGCAUUCUGUUAGGGGAACUGGUGAUGAAACCAAAUGUGCAGAAGUUCCAAGGCUCGACGGUUGUCUUUGAUGAUGGGACUGUAGAAGAGAAGAUUGAUGCAGUGAUCUUAUGCACAGGAUAUGAUUAUAGAUUCCCCUUCCUCCCCACCUCCUUAAGCUCUGGUUCUGAUGGAGAUCUGAAACUCUACAGAAGAAUCUUCCCUCCAUCUCUGGAACGUCCAACACUGGCCAUCCUGGGCCUGAUUCAGACCAAAGGGCCGAUCAUGCCAGCUGCAGAGCUUCAGGCACGCUGGGCCACCAGGGUCAUUGCAGGACUGAACCAUCUUCCUCCAGCUGAAAAGAUGGAUAAAACAAUUGAGAAAGACGUUCAAGCGAAUUUAAAGAGUUACCCCUGUCCCAAGCUGGCUGCCCUUCAAGUGGACCACAUUCCUUACCUAGACGCAAUAGCAAAGGAAGUGGGCGUCUGUCCCAACAUUGCUUGGCUGCUCCUGAGGGACCCUGCUGUGGGUUUUAGGGUUUUCUUCGGGCCCUGUUCUCCGUACCAGUUUCGACUGAACGGACCGGGGCACUGGAGUGGUGCCCGUCAGGCCAUCCUUACCCAGUGGGAUCGUGUGGCCAAACCCAUGAAGACACGGCCCAUUCCAGAAACUUCAUCCUUUAGUUUAUUUUUUUGGCUGUGCCUGUCAGGGGGGGCUGCAGUGAUUUUUGCUUUAAUGGCAAUGCGAAUGAUCCCACUGUUUCUGAAUAGCGAUUAGAUCCCAUAGAUAUCCCAUACUCAGUUUUUGGAUAGCUCUGUUUUGCGUUUGCACUUUAACCUAAUUAUUCCUUAAUCUAAUUCUUGGAGUUCAUUAUCUUUUAUAACAAAUAUAAGAAAUUAUAUUUUAAAUCCUUGUCAAACAUUGUUUUCAAACAAGUGUAUUUUUUGUUCUUAUAUCUCAAAGCAAGUGUUCUGCCAUAUUUCCAGACAUAAUAAUUACCUUUUUUUUAAAUCCAGGAAAUAGUAAUAUGUUAAUAUGUUUUGACAAUCAUCACAGAAGUAAAGUGUCAGCAUUUUCAUCACUCAACAUACUUUGAAAUAAAACAGUUGUUGGAGAAGCCUGAGUCUGCCAGGGCUGGCAUUUUGUGAUUGUGAGAUGAGAUGAUUAUUACCAUGUCUAAAUAUCAUUUAGAUUCACUUUCACACACUCAUAUAUGACAAAAUUAUUUAUAGUAGUGGAAAAAUUGAGAAAAUAGUCGUAAUUAUUCACACAGUAAAUAUUAUUCAGCAUUUUCACACAAUAAAUGUAAAAUAAUACCAUGUAACA